AAAUUUUCCCACCGUUUCUCAAGAAAGGGACCAGGUUUUUCAAAGUAUGCAGGAAAUGUUCAAAGAUAAAAUAGAUCCUGAAGUUGUACAUAUGGUCCUAGCUGCAUCAGAUUGGAAAGUUGAAACUGCAUUUGAAACACUGAUGGGCUUCUCAACGUCUUCUGAACCAACAUCACUGCCACCUGGUGGUCCGACAUUGAAAUCGGCAAGUGCGAUUUUGACUCAGUCUCCUGCUAAAUUAAGUGACCCCGAGGAACAGUUAUUCCCAUCAAAUUUAUCUUCUGGUGAUGUGACAGCUGGUGCAUCAUGGGACCCUUUAGGUGACAUAUCCAGAAAUUAUUCUGGCGAUAUAUUUGACCCUGAUCGGGAAACUGUUAAAGUUCAAAGUUAUGGAUCAAACCUUGCCAAGGAAGGGCAAGAUGAGAACUUUUUCACGAAAUCUGAAAAUUUGACUGUCAUUGAUAAAUUAAAGCAAGAUAAUCUUUUACUAAAAAGCAAACAAAAAUCCACUGUAAAAGAAUCCCCUAAAAAUAUUACUCAACUGACAGCUUUAGCCAAAUCAGCUGUGCUCAACUUACAAAAAUCCAAUGAAAAUGUACCAAUAGUUAAUACUGUAGAAUCAUUCAAUUCUGAUAAAUUCAUAUCUGGUUCUGAUUUAAUAAAUGAUCCAAAACUUGGACCAGGGUUAGACUUUGAAUUAUCUCCAAGUAUUAAAAAACCUAAUUUACCCGUAAGCAAUACUACAAUAGAUGUUAAUAGUUUAACUGACGUUAUUAAAAAUACAACUCAGCUACAGGGAAUGUGUCAGUUGACGAGUAAUAAUACCAGUGAUAAAUUACGAAAUGCUUCAGAAGGACAAACAAAAAGGACUAAAAAACAAGCACAAAGCACCAAAAAACAAACAGAAAGUACCAUAAAACAAACAGGAACAAUGGAUAUUCAACCAAUCACAUCUCCACCUGAACUACAACAACUUGCUCAAAAUGAAGUAUUCAAUAUGACUCAAAAUAACAAAAUGAAAUCGAGAAAUCUACUUGGAAAUGGUGGAGAUAUCAGUAGCACUGUAAGCGUAAGUUUAUCCCAAAUACAGAGAAAUGUGUCAAAUCCACAAGAAACGAGACUAGUUGUAGAUCCGCCAAAAGUACAGGGAAAUGUACCAGACCCACAAGUACCGAGAUUAGUAGUUGAUCCACCAAAAGUACAGAGACGUGUGUUAACUGACAUACCUACAACUCGUGAAAAUACAACUGAAAAAUCCCAAGAGAAUAACACAGUUUCCUUCAAUAUCAAUGCACCUGCUUUUGUGCCUUCAUUUCUUCAAGGCCAGAUUUUCAGUCAACCGCAAACUGGUACUAAACCUAAUGCAGAAGGAAUGCAAACAUUUGUCACAGUUAAAGCCAAUGUUCAGCACCCAAGGGGUCCUCAUUCACCUCGAUUAGAUUUCAGAAAUGCAAUGACUCGACCACAGCAUCCAAGUGUGUUAAACACACCACAUGGAGUGAUUCCCAAAGUCCUACCCCAGAGGUUUGGACAACCAAGAUUCCCAGCUCGUAUUUCAUUCUCAAAACCCAUGGAGAAAAGACUUGCCAAGAUUCGGCAGUUGGUACAAAGUGGACGCAAGGUGAUGGUCUUAAUGAGGGGCUGUCCAGGAAGUGGGAAAUCAACACUUGCACAGGCAAUAGUGUGUAAAGGUGUGGUCUUAUCCACUGAUGACUUCUUCAUUCAACAAGAUGGCAGAUAUGAGUUCAACCCUAGCCUCAUUGGAGAAGCUCACACAUGGAACCAAGAGAGAGCCCAGAAAGCUCUCGAUAAAGGUAGAAGUCCCGUAGUGAUUGACAACACUAAUACACAAGCAUGGGAGAUGACAACAUACAUACAAAUGGCAAGUAAGAGGAAGUAUGACAUAGAGAUACUUGAGCCUGAUACUAGCUGGAAGUUCAACGUCAAAGAACUUGCAAGGAGAAACACUCAUGGAGUUCCUAAAGAUAGGCUGAAAGAUAUGGUGGAUCGUUACGACCGUAAUGUCACAGUUGAUAGUAUAUUACAAUCUCCAAAGCCACAGAGACCAAGCAAACCAAGUGCCACAAAAGCUACUGAUAAACUGGACAUUGCUAGAGAUCAGAAUAAAGAUGCUAAAGCAGAGUCCGAAAGUAACUAUCAGAAACAUGACAAACAACCCCCUCAUGACACACCUCUUGAGGAUAGUCCCAUAUUAUCUGUUACACAUCCAAAAAGUAACAUUGAAAACCCAGGUUUGAAUCAGUCUUUUGAGGAUGAUAAAGAUAUAAUUGACCUUGAUAAAGAAUUUGAACAAUUCCAGUUGAAUGAAAAGCAACAAGAAAAUGUACUGGUCCAUUCUUCGGUAGCAAACUGGGGUAUUCCAGCUUCUGUUCAUGCUCUUGAUAGUUGGAAAGCUGAUCCACCAAUUCCCAAUGCUAAGAGUGAUAAAUCUGAAAACUUGAAAAAAAUACCAAUUGAAGUCACCCAGACUCUUCCAAAAGCUCAAAGGGUUAAUUUACAAAGGAGAAAUAGGGAUGCUGCAAAUGUGGCUGUACAGACAGCCAAAGAUGAUGAUGGGGAAGUAAGAACAUCUGACCAAUCCGCAUCAGGAGAGCAAUCUGGAGUUGAAGACCUAGACAUUGCCACUUACAUUGAUGAAGUUGUUUUCCCAUCUCAGUCAAAAACCUCCCAAAGCUCAAAAUACUCUAGUCCAAGUUCAGGUACCCCUCAAGUCAGUCCCACCUCAAAGCUGGCAUACACCUCACCAAAGAAGGUGAACAGGAAAGAGGUUGUCCCCAGCGUCCAAUUAGAUCAGAAUGUCAGGGAUAAACUUUUAACACAGAACUGGGGGCUACAACCGUUGGAACGUAAUUUAAGUAAGUCACCAUCUCCAGAUCGCACGGCUAUACCCACAGUCAAAACACGCCAAAUAUCAUGUCAGACAUAUGCAAAUGAUUUCACGAAAUGUGAGUCGGGCAGCUUGAACAUAUUGAAUGCAGAUUUUCAAACAGUUUUAUGGUGUUCAUCCAGAGAUAUCAACAAAUCUACCAACACCAAUAAUGCUACAUAUGCACCGUCUCAAAUCCAUAUUGGUUGUCAAACAGAUGACUCAGAUGAGCUUAAGUGGGAUGAUAAAGUGAAGGAGUUAAUCUUGGCAUUCCCUGAUGUGCCUGAAGACCAAGUGGAUGAUCUUUUGAAGCAGUACGGAGGUGACAUUGACUUGGUAACACAUGUACUUCUUGAUUCCGAUCUAUUCUACUGUAAAACAACUCCAGCUGACUCACAAAGAUCUACACCUACUACUACUAAAUAUCUACUCACACAAGGUCCAGGUGAUGUAGUCAUUGAAGAGAAUACAGAAAUGUCUACACCUGCUUGUGGUAAUGCAGAAGCCAUUGCACCUGCAUUUGACAGCCAUUUAGUUACAUACCCAGUCAGGGCUACCACUGACAACAGUGAUAGUGAUGAUGAAGAUGAUCUCUCCUCUUUAUCCUUGACCCUUGAGCCAAAGCUUGCUCGUAAACUAGAGAAAAUGUUUGGACCAGUCAUCAAGAAGCCUAAUAGAGGUGGCCAGAACGAGGCUGAGGAUUACGUGGUAAUACUGAAUAAGCAUACUGCCAAGCAGAUUCACAGAAGAUGGAAGCUGACCCUGGAGGACCGUAUACUUUGGAAUGAAGCAGAAAUACAAAACAUGCUCAAAGAAGAUGAAGAACUUGCCAGGAGUCUCCAGGAAAAGGAGGACUUCGAGUUGAUGAAAACCGAACAGCUUCAAGCCAAUUUCACCCCUGGCCGGCCCAUGGUUUCCACUGUCCAAUCAGUGAUUGCUACAAAUUCACCCCUGAAUACUGCUGGGAAUGAAGCUGUUAGUUUGAGGGAUAUUAUGAAUGAAGAGAUGGCUGUCCAAAUGAGCAGAAAUGAAAUGAAGUCUACCCCAAGUCCUUUUGGGGCUGAAGGAAACAUUGCUACCAAGUUGAAGAGGCAACAACUUCUAGCAAUGUUUCCAACAUUAGAUGCAUCAUUACUUAAUGGACUAUUCGAAGCUAAUGGUUAUUCUCUGGAUGCAACUAUAAAGGCAUUGUAUGACUCUAAUGACCAAACUGGACCUGCUACAACUGUGAUGACAGAUCAUGCGUAUGAGCAACAAAUGGUCAAACAGGCAAAGAUUGAAAGUCUCUCGGAGUAUCAACUUAACAAUAUUGAAGCGGACACGGCUUACCAAUCUAUAGAGAACCCAGAGUAUUUUGAUUACAGAGGAGAGGCAGUUAUGCACUAUAGAAGGAGAGCUGAGUGUUUUGAGAAGGCAAAAGAGGCAUAUAAGAGAGGAAUGAGACAAGUAGCAUCGUAUUACAGUCAGCAGGGCCACCUCCAUACAGAGAAACUAAAAGAGGCCAAUAGGAGAGCUUCAGAGAGAAUUGUAGAGGAAAGAAAUGUGGAGCAGGAUGAGAAUACAUUAGAUUUGCAUGGCCUACAUGUUGAUGAGGCCUUAGAUUGUCUGAAGAAUACAAUAAUACAGAGAGAGCAUGACUUGCAUGGCCUACAUGUUGAUGAGGCCUUAGACUGUCUGAAGAAUACAGUAAUACAGAGAGAACAUGAACUGAGAGACUAUCCCAACAAGAGGAUGAUUCACUUGAAUGUAAUAACUGGAAGAGGAUUGCACUCUAGAGGCGGCCAAGCUAAGAUUAGACCAGCUGUCUGUGACUAUCUGAGACGUAAUAAUUACAAAUAUACCGAACCCAAUGCUGGAAUUGUGAAACUACUGAUGAAGCACAGGGAUCCAAAUAGUUAACUUGACAAGAUGGAAAAGAUGCUCUAGUAUAAUCCAUGAUUUUUAGAAUGACUUUCAUUAAGUGCAAUACAUUUGCAAUUUUUUAUUAAGUGACAUACUCAGUGUCACAAGGUACGGGUUGAAUUUAAUAUCAUCAUGUAAUGUAUAUUUUUUAAAUGAAAUACUACUAUAAAUUCUUAUAGCAAUAACUAUUAUAUCAUGAAUUCAUUCAUCAAUAAACAUGUAUUUGAUAUGAUGAUGACCAAAUAUACAUAUACUGUAUAAGUGGUAAUUUUGCCUAAUCAUUUAAUUUGCUCAUUGCAUAAUUUCUACCAGGUUCACAAAAUUAAAU